GAGACCAGACGCGACAGAAUGAAUAACAGCUGGGUUAUAGACAGUUGUGAGAUCAUGGGAACACCUACUAUAGUCAAACCGGUCAACCUGGUGAAGAGUAUAAUUAUAGACACCCGUGGAAUGGAAACUGUGUCAGAGAGACAGUGAUAAGUAAAGACGAGAACGAUUGUCUGUUUUAUUUUGGCGUUUGUAAACAUCCAGUAUUUUUUUUUGGAUCUUCUACAUAUAUUCAAAUAUUGAAGAAUAUUAACACUGUUUCGACGGGAAAGAUCUAGCUGGUGUCAUUGCUGAAUAAUGGAUACAGCACAGAACUCCCUUUCUUCGAACAUACUUUCAGACAGUGAGUCAGAAACAGAAGCUGAGGGAGACCCAGAUCUGCAAGCACAAGAGUAUUUAGAUCAUGUUCGGAGCUCUGCCAGCACUCAGAAAUGCAGUCUAAGUUCUGAAAUGGGGAAUAAGUUACAGCUGUCAUCACUGGAUUUUCUCCCUAAUGAAGUAAAGUCUCAGAUGAACGAACUGAAAAAGUCACCUGUUGGAAUGAAUGAAGGACUUUUGUUCCUACCUUGGGAGGUGAUUUUAGAAAUUUUUUCAUACUUGGAUGCUAGGUUUGUCCAGAAUGUACUGCCACUAGUUUGUAGGACACUGCGGGACAUCAUAAAGGACAAAGUGACAUGGAGAAUUCGAACACAGAAGCGAGUUGGUCUUGGUUAUCCAGUAGUGCAUGGGGAAGAUUUUAAUUGGCCAGCUGCAUGUGUGGAUGUAGAGGAACACCUUUCAUUUUGGACUAACAACAAGAAGAGGGAUCACUUCUCACUGAACAGUGGGCACUUUGCUUCAGUCGACUCCAUCCUUCUCCUUCAGGAAGGAAGAGUCUGCAUCUCUGGUUCUCGAGACCGUAAUGUAAAUGUCUGGGAUCUGAGUAGGCUGGGGCAGCCUGAUGAGAAGGUGUUGGUGAAAACUUUGGGAGAUCCACCAAAUGGAACACACAAGGGCUGGGUGUGGUCUCUCGCCUCCAGAGAAAACUGUCUGUGUUCUGGAUCAUGGGACAGCUCCAUCAAACUUUGGGACAUGGCGAAUGAUGGUGCGCAGUUUGGCUACAUAAGAUUCACAUACAAAUACUCAGCAGUGGAGAUAGACUUUUUAGAUGUUAAAGUAAUCAAAGAUGAUCUAUGUACUGUGUACACUGCUAUGUAUAGGAAAAAUGUCAGAAAAAAUAAUAUUCUUCAUCAUAGCAGCAUGCACCCAAAACAUACUAAGUUAAAUGUUCUUAGGGGACAGAUUUUCCGUAUCAUGCGAUUGCAUAAUGAUGACCGUAGACUGACAGAGGCCCUACUAACCCUCAGACAUGAAUUUAUAGAGAGAGGCUACAACCAUAGUAUGAUUGACUCUCUGAUUGCUGAAGCUUGGCAUGAAAGGAAAGGGAGUUGCAAACCUUACUAUUUUUUUAAUGACUCCCCUGGUGAUGUAGUCAUAGAUGCACCUGCUACAAUCAGUCCCAUGAUUACAGGAGGUAAUGAUACUACAGUGCCAUUUGUUGAUCUUCUUUCUCUGGCUUCCUCUGCAGCUGCCCAGACAUUAGUGAAGAGCAUGAAGGUGCACUCUAGUGCUGUCCUGUCUGUUGUAGCAGAUGACCGCUAUAUUAUCUCUGGCAGUGAAGACCGCACACUGGUUGUAGUUGACAGAAGGAAGAAUCAUGUCUUUCAGAGACUCCAGCUAGACUCUUACCAGUUGACAAUGUCGUACCAGAAAUCACACCUGUGGGCAGGAGAUAAUCAAGGACUAAUCCAUGUCUUUGAGAAUAAAGCCGGCAGCUUCCAGCAUUUUCAGACAUUUGAUAUUGGUCAUGGGUCACAGGUGACAGGAUUGCACUGCUCCUUGGGAAGUCUGUAUACAUCAUCCACAGAUAAAACCAUUAAGGUACAUAUUCCCACCAACCCACCUCAAACAUUAUGCACUUUGGAACAUGAUAAUGUAGUCAAUGGGGUCAGUGUUGAUGGAGGUGUGCUGGCAGCUGCGUCAGGAGCAAUGUCAGUGGAGAUCUGGAGGCUCAAUGUUUGACACGAUUUCUGGUCAUAUCAUACAGUAGUUGGUUGGCAAGUCUACCCAAACUGUUCCACCAGUGAAGAUAACAGUGCCCAAAUAACUCGAGUACAAAGGCCACUUUUGCUGUGUCAUGGACUUUCUGGCAUAGCUCUUUGAUUACUGACAAAAGUAAUGAUGUAACAUAUGUAACAUUUUGUGACUGGGAUAUUUGAACAUUUCAGACAGACCUCUCUUACAGUUACCUGCUUCAUCUUUCAUUGUCAUCAUCAUCCACCCCCCCAAAAAAAAAAAACAUAAGAUGUGUUGUUUCUUCACAAAUUCUGUUUUGUGGUACUUACUGGUGUUUCGGGAGCAAAUGUAAAGUUUCAUACAGAAUGGAUGGCAAAUCUGAGCACUGUCAGAACUGAAUGGCAUCAGGCUAAAGGAUGAGUAAUGUAGCCAUGCAGCACAGGAAAAAGUAUAGUUAGACAAGCCAUGGGUUUUCGGAAAUUCUUUUUCUGAUGCCCUGUGUACUUGGCUUGGAAUACUGAAGGAUUACAUAGGCUUAUCGUGUUAAUAGAUGCCACCAUUUUUGGAGGGCCCUGAACUAAAACCUGUUGCCACAUUCUCGGGGGAGUGUGUCUUGCUAUGUUUUUUUUUUUUUUCUUUCUUUCAGUACUAAGCUGAUACCUCACCAAGCUUCCAUGCAUAGUAAGUUGUUGCUGUCCUCACUAGUUGAGUGGUUUGAUAGCUUCCUAAGUGGACUGUUUGUGGAGUAAAUGCUUCCACACUCCAGUAAUACUUUGAUCUUCUUUGGCUCAGGUCACUGUAACAGUGAAGCACAACAUUUGGUUAGGCUUCUUCCUUAACAUACUUCAUCGCAGUCAACGCUGCACAAGCAGUUUGUUUCAACUUUAUCUGUAUGCAUUACAUUAGAAUUCUGCAGAUGCUUUCCUGAUUCAUGUAUGAGAUGUUUCCCACCUAAACAAAUGUAACACAGGAUUUUCUUCCAUUCUUUUCCUCUUUUCAGAGAUUUUACAUCCCACUACAGCUGUUAAAUCUUUCCUUCUGUAUAGUGCAUGCCACUUUACUCUUAUUUCACAACCUCUGCAGAACUGGUAGAGCUUGUCACCUAAACUUUUUUGCUGUUGUUUUUUUUAAUGAUGUAAGCUUUCUGUUUUCUAGCUUUGGAUAUCUAUUACAAGACUCAGAGUGAUAACUAAAGAAGAAUCUGUCAGAGCAGAGGAGUGAGGCUGUGGCUGGUUAACAGGCGGCCUUAUCUGUCAGAGGAGAGGAGUGAGGCUGUGGCUGGUUAACAGGCGGCCUUAUCAGUCAGAGCAGAGGAGUGAGGCUCUGGCUGGUUAACAGGCAGCUUUAUCUGUCAGAGCAGAGGAGUGAGGCUCUGGCUGGUUAGCAGGCGACCUUAUCUGUCAGAGCAGAGUAGUAAGGCUGUGGCUGGUUAACAGGCGGCCUUAUCUAUCAGAGCAGAGGAGUAAGGCUGUGGCUGGUUAACAGGCAGCUUUAUCUGUCAGAGCAGAGGAGUAAGGCUGUGGCUGGUUAACAGGCGGCCUUAUCUGUCAGAGCAGAGGAGUAAGGCUGUGGCUGGUUAACAGGCGGCCUUAUCUGUCAGAGCAGAGGAUUAAAUUAACAAACUGCUUUCUGUUGUUGACAGUUUGGUUUCUUCAGUCUCCAUUUGACUGCUGUGUAACUGAGUGGGUUACUUAACCAGACCGUGCUUCCCAGUUGCUUUUCAUGAAGGGGAAACUUGGUAUCCAGUGGACACAUCCAGUUAAAUAAAAUACCUUGAAUCCGGAUCCUUAAUUUUCCCCUGAGACUCUGACGAUUUCUGUGUCUGUUUUUGUUUUCUGUACUCUGGUUCAUAGGUAAGUACUAGGCUAGCUGCCCUUGUGAGCCAUUUUAAGCCUAGCCAGUUUCCCCUUUUUGUGCUUGAAAUAACAUACCCUAGUUGUUUAUAGCUUGACCUUAUCAGUCCCAAGGUCAUUAAUUAUAUGUAACCCCUAAUGAGAAUGACUGUUAUGCCAUAAAUAAUUUGAUGAUACCUAGCCAUGCAUGGAAUAAGGCAUUUAGGAGCUGCCUCUAGUUGUUAGUAAUACAGGAAGCUGUCCUGGAGCAAAUUUUCUGUUUCCAAUCCAUAGAGUGGUAUUGUGUUUGAAAAUGAACAGAAAUUAACUUUAUGUGAAGUCUGUUCCACAGCAUUGGUAUUUUCUGCAAAAUAUACCUGUCCCUGUAAACCAUUCUGUUGA